AUGGAGUUAUUCUCAUUAACAACGAAUGUAACUAUCACUGAUAUUCAAUGGCAAGCAUAUCCAGUGGCGAUUUUCUCGUUAAUGUUAUGUUUAUUAACCGUAUUAGGUAAUAUAUUGAUAAUCUAUGCGAUUAUUUCCAAGUCAACAUUACAUACAUCGACGUAUUAUUAUAUCGGAUCGUUGGCGUUUGCUGAUUUUCUCGUUGGAUUAAUUGUCAUGCCAUUAGCAUUCAUAUUUGAAAUGACCGACGAUGAAUACUGGCUAUUUCGACGGCAUCUUACAUUUCUUUGUGAUUAUUGGCAUUCCAUGGAUGUGUUCGCGUCGGCAGCAUCGAUAUUCGGUUUAUGUACUAUUGGUUUAGAUCGUUAUAUAGCGAUUACGAAACCGAUGGAAUAUCCGAAUUCAUUUUUAUCGAAGAAAUGGUAUUGUGUGAUACCGAUGAUCUGGAUAUGUUCAGCAAUUGUUUCAUUUCCACCGGUGCUCUAUUUCGGAACGAGACAAGCCAUCACUCGACAAUCAAUGAUGUUGAACGAAACAACAGCUGGAGUAUUCAAAGAAUGCGAUUUCCCAAACAAUCCAUACUAUAUUUUAUUCAUAUCGAUUGUAUCGUUUUAUCUACCGUUACUCGUAAUGAUUUAUGUUUAUAUUCAAGUGUAUGCAGCUGCGAGAACACAAGCAUUAGCACUCUGUUCGGGUUAUAAACAUCAUCAUCGAAUCAAAACUGCUAAAUCUUUCAUUCCGAGACUUCGUUUCAAACAAAUACCUGAUGAACAACGAUCAACAACGAUCACAGACGAUAGUCCUAUACAUGAACCGAGCACGGAUUUGCUCGAGAAACGUCGAUUAUCACCGGAAUUAAUCACACUUCGCAUUCAUCAUGGUAAAUAUCAAAAUCCCAAUGUUGAAUUACUCAAUAUUAGUCGAAGGAAGUCAUUAAGUAGAAUCAAAA